AUGGACCCUUAAUUAAAUGCAUAGUAUGAUAUAACAAGAAAAGAUUUACAUGAGUUUAUGUAAGAGUGUUGCUAAUAUUGUAUAUCAGAAUAUAAAAGAGGUUAAGAGGAUGUUAUUAAACUAAUGUUAAAAUAUGCAUAAUAGGUAUUAAAAACUAUUUAAAUAUGUAGGAAAGUAAUGGAGAUUUAAGAAAAACAAACAUUAAUAGUUUACUUAAUUAUUUAAUAGAGAGAAGAGAUUAAAUAAUGGUUAAUGGAAAUUUUACACCAUAAAUUGAAAAUUAGACUAAUCAUAAUACAAGCAAGAAAACAUUAAUUUAAACAUAAUAAAAUGAACCUCAAAAGUUUAUAGUUAUUAAUCAUGAAAGAUUAUAACGAAUAUUCGAAGAAUUAAAAUGA